AUGGGCGACUCGUAUAAGGAGGCCGUGGUCCACCAGGCCCCCGAGGUGAUACAUGUUCAACCUGGGCUACAGCCCGUUCAGCCUGGCUACGAGGCUGCCCCUCAUGCAAAUUUGGCGCCCGCUGAACCACGGAGUCGGCGGCGGAGAUUCAUCGCGCUGGUAGAAGCGGGCAUUGUUGUGGUUGUGGUUGCCCUGGCUGUUGGGUUGGGCGUCGGUCUGUCGAGGUCCUCCAGCUCGAAUUUCUCAUCAGCCGAGUCCAACACAUCGUCGCCGUUAACAUCAAUAUCACCAUCCUCUGCAAGGUCCACGACAACACCGACAGAGACACCUACCGUGACGUCCACUAGAUCAGGCACCUCAAACGCCUCUCCUACCGCCACAUCCGUCUACUACAAAAAGAACGAAUACUCAUGUCCCAAUGCAAAUAACACCGAAAUCCAGCACGUAGGCAACUCGGCCGACUCCAGCUACUACAUUUUCUGCGGCGCCGACAUCCACGCAACCAACAAAAAAGACCUGUCGUCGACGGUGCAGCGCAGCUUUGCCGACUGUCUGGGCCUGUGCAACUCCAUGAACGAAUACCAGGACCGCGCGGAUGUCGCGCUGACGUGGAAUUUUGAAGGCACGGGGCAGCAGGACCCAGGUACCUGCUGGUGUGUCACAGGGUCGAGUAAGAGGGUGAUUUCGAACCCGGGGAAUAUGGUUGCCGUUCUUGUGUCUGAGGAUGUUGUGGUAGAUUUGUAA